ACAUCUUUCCCCGCCAUGGAUAACACAGGCUCGGAGCUUUCGUGUCGUUAGCUGAAGGAAUCAAUCAAAGCUCAAGAAUUUUUUGUUGUAGCUUCACGGAAUCGUAUUUAUUUGAGUACCCAAGUCAGAGUAUUUUGUGUUUAGAAAUGGCGAUUAGUUCAAGUCGCCAUUUUUGCCCAACAACUGUAACGACGACUACUGUCGAUUCGUUGAGCUCCUUCUGUAAGUUCCAUGGAAGCAGUUCAUCGAUUUCACUCAGGUCUUAUAACGGUGCUAUAUCGAGGAGAUUUGAUUUCUUUUAUAUGAAAAAGGUUAAACGAUUAUCGUGUGAAGGUAGUAGUAGUAGUAGUAGGAAUGAGAAUUGGAACAGAACACAGAAGCAGAGUCAAUUUAGACCUUCAAAGGUACUGUUGAAUCGUAGAAAAGGAGAGAGAUUUUCGGAUUUAGGUCUUAUGAGGGGUGAGAAUAGUAGUCGAAGUAGUGAUGUUGGUGGUGAGAGUAGUAGUAGUACAAUGGAGAAGAUUGUGGAGAGAUUGAAAGAGUAUGGAUUUGUAGAUGAUGAUCAGUUUCAGGAUAAGGAAGUUGAACAAGAGAGAAGGAUUGAGAAAAGUUCAGUGGAGGAUGGGUUCUAUGUUGAAGAAAGAGGUGGAUUCUCGGAGGAAUCACCAUUUAGUGUAUAUAGGGGCAAUGAUGAAGUUAGGUUUCCGUGGGAGAAGGUGAGUUCUAAGGAGGAGAAGGAGUUGGUAAAUGGAGAGUGGACAGCUAAGAAGGAGAGUAGAUACUCGUUGGCGGAGAUGGCACUUUCGGAAUCAGAGCUGAACCGAUUGAGGAAUGUGAUGUUUCGAACAAAGAAUAAGAUGAGGGUUACGGGUGGAGGUGUUACUCAGGCUGUGGUAAAUGCAAUUAAGGAGAAGUGGAAGAGCUCAGAGAUUGUGAGACUCAAGAUUGAAGGAUCAAGUGCACUUAAUAUGAGAAGGAUGCAUGAGAUAUUAGAGAGAAAAACUGGUGGUUUGGUGAUUUGGAGGUCAGGGACUUCCAUCGCCUUGUACAACUACAAAGGUGGCAGCAACAAGUAUGUAUCAGGGAACAUGAAUAAGCAAAUAUACAGAAGAACAGAGACAUCACCAUCUUCUUUGCCUACAAGUACAAGUUCAGUUGAUCAUAGUGUUCAACAAGUGCAUCUUCCUCAGCAGCCAGAGAAGGAGACAGCCAUUGUGGGAAAUAAUGACAGAACGUCCCAACAGGAAGUAGAGUAUGAAGAUGAAAUAAAUGAACUGUUAGAGGGUCUUGGUCCUAGGUAUACAGACUGGCAGGGAGGUUACCCAUUACCUGUUGAUGCUGAUCUGCUUCCAGGGAUUGUUCCUGGUUACGAACCCCCUUUCAGAGCACUUCCUUAUGGGGUGAGAUCAACUUUAGGAACAAAGGAGGCAACCACAUUAAGAAGACUUGCUACAGUUCUUCCUCCACAUUUUGCUUUAGGUCGAAGUAGACAACUGCAAGGGUUGGCAACAGCCAUGGUAAAGUUAUGGCAAAAGAGUUUGAUAGCCAAGGUUGCCCUCAAACGUGGUGUACAACUGACUACCAGUGAGAGAAUGGCUGAGGACAUCAAGAGAUUGACGGGAGGUAUGCUGCUCUCUCGAAACAAAGACUUCUUGGUCUUCUACAGAGGAAAGAGUUUUUUGUCACUAGAAGUAGCUGAAGCGUUAAUGGAGAAGGAGAGGCUUGCGACUUUGCAAGACGAAGAGGAACAAGCACGUCUAAGAGCAUCAUCGGCUCUGGUUGUCCCAAGUAUUAAAGCUAAGCAAAACCUUUCUAGGACUUUGCUAGACAAAGAUGAGCAGGCAGGCCUAAGAGCAUCAUCGGCUCUGGUUGUCCCCAGUACUAAAGCUAAUCAAAACCUUCUUUCUGCCGGCACUCUUGGAGAAACGCUUGAUGCAACUGGUAAAUGGGGGAAGAAUCUGGAUAACGAUGAGCAGGUGGAGGAAAUGAAACAGGAGGUUGAGAAAGUGAGAUCUGCAAAACUUGUCAGGAAGUUGGAAAGGAAACUUGCUUUUGCUGAGAAAAAGUUGCUGAAAGCUGAACGGGCUUUAGCUAAGGUGGAGGAAUCUUUGAAGCCAGCAGAGCAAAGAACAGACCUUGAGGGCAUAACUGCAGAAGAGAGGUUUAUGUUCCAAAAGCUCGGAUUGAGGAUGAAAGCUUUCUUACUUCUUGGUCGAAGAGGGGUGUUUGAUGGGACUGUAGAGAACAUGCACUUGCACUGGAAAUAUCGUGAGCUGAUCAAGAUUCUUGUAAAGGCUAAAACUUUUGAGGGUGCGAAGAAAGUGGCAAUGGCCCUUGAAGCCGAGAGUGGAGGUAUCCUGGUUUCUGUUGACAAGAUUUCGAAAGGCUAUGCCAUAAUCGUGUAUAGAGGAAAAGACUAUAAGCGUCCUUCUACAAUGAGGCCUAAAAAUCUCUUGACAAAGAGGAAAGCUUUGGCACGUUCUCUUGAGCUCCAAAAACGCGAGGCUCUUAUUAAACACAUUGAGGCGGUACAGGCGAGGUCAGAGCAGCUGAGAGCGGAAAUUGAACAAGUGGAACUUGUAAAAGACAAGGGAGAUGAAGCAUUAUACAACAAGCUUGACAUGGCUUAUUCUUCUGACGAGGAGACCGAAGAAACAGAUGGAGAGGAAGAUGACAUGUAUUUAGAUACAUACAAAGACGAGGGAGAAGAUGGUGAAGAAGAUGAGAUCCAGGCCAAGGGUUCACUAUCUGAAACAGAUGUUGGAUUUGAUUCAGAUGAUGAAUAUUGGGAUUCAGAUGAAUCAGACAAAGAGUUUGGUGAUGAUUUGGCAUCCUCCACAACACCAGAAAUAACUUUUGUAGAUCUGCAGGAUGAGGAACGUCACGUGCAACCAUAAGCGGUAAUAAAGAAUGGACUGUGCAGUGAAUUGAUGCGGGAGAUAAUUUUUGACAUCUUGCUUGAUGCUGAUCACUCAAUAAGAGAUACUAAGUGCAUCAUGACAUGCAAAGAUUUUAAGCUUUUGGAAGCUAUGUAGAUUCAUAUAGUUUAUAAAAUACAUAUCUCACUCUCCUCUGUAACAGAUAGAACUUAAAUAAUUUAGACUCCCCAAGCUUAAA